AUGGGCUUGAACUUCGCAUUACCACCACGUGAGUUACCAAUUGAUUCCAUUAUUGCUGACGUUGAAACAACAAUCUCGAUGUGUGACGAUGAAGAAAUGGCGAAUGCCAUCCGCAACGAAGUUGAAACCAACAUCAAAACAUUUAAUUUUGGACAAUCAAACAAAAAGUACCACAACAUUAAAUACUCAAAAGCUACGAAAUCAUUAAAAAAGAAAAUUGGCGGAAAUAACAUCAUCAUCACCAGAGCCGAUAAGGGUAAUAAAAUCGUAAUUAUGGACAAAGCUGACUACAUACAACGAGUUACAGCAAUGUUGCAGAACGACAUUUUCAUCAAAGUCAAGAAACCACAAGCAAAGUUGAAUGCAUGGAACAAAAAAUCGCGCGAUUUGGUGAUGUUCUACAUCAUGGAUGAACGUUUUGGCAUGUCUUUGGGACAAUCAAACUAUCAAUUUCCACGUCUCUACGCACUACCGAAAAUCAAUAAACCAG